AUGGAACGUGUAGUGGACGAUGUUCAAACGAAGAACCGUUUCAUUCAGGAAUUUGAUAACUUCUACCGGUCACAAAGCCACAUAGUUGCGGGCACUUUUCAGCAAAAUAUCAUCCAGCCAUUUGAGUUCAUCUUGCGUAAAGAUGAAAUCGAGAGCUUUGCGGAUGAAACACAUGGCCAACACCUAGGGGGAAGAGAAGAAAGCGAGGAGUAA